AUGUCCGCGGACCAGACGUCUGUGGUGAGUGGAGCACACGGCCUCCUCCGUGGACAGCGCGCCAAGUCUUACGGCAGCUUGGUGACGUCGUCUGUCUCACCGGUCCGACAAAAACGAGUCGAGCACAAAGUCCAGCCGGGAGAGACUCUGCAGGGAUUGUCACUAAAAUACGGCGUGUCUAUGGAGCUAAUCAAAAGGGCAAACAGGCUGUACACCAACGAUUCAAUAUUCCUGAAGAAGGUCCUCUCCAUCCCCGUUCUUACAGAAUCGCUGUCAUUUACUAACGAGAACGAAUUGCGUGAAGAGGAAUCAAGCCAUCAGCAUCAACAAGUCCCUGUCAAGAAUGACCAAACAGCCUCAGAAAAUCCGGAAGUGACAGCAGACAUUUCUCCAUCAGACUACCUGAAAAGGAUGGAUAGCUUGAUUAAGCAGUCGAAACAAGCAGCCAUAAAGACGUGUCAAGAAGGAGACAAUCAGUUUUCUUUAACAAAACAGGUCGAGGACAGCAGACAGGAUUCCUGCAGCUCUUCUCGGGCCAGUCAGCAGGCCAUGUUGGGUGCUGUGCCACUCACCAUCACCAAACAUACCAAGAAACUGAGGGACAGAGAGGAUGAGAUUUUUCAGCUUUGAUGCUGCCUUUUUAACAGACCUGCUGUUGCUGCCUGAUUAGUGUAAAGUGUUUACAUCCAUAGGAGCAAAUGAAAAAUGAUGGUUGCAUGUAUAGCGAACUGAUUUCACUGGAAAAAAGACUAAAGAUCUGUGAUCACAUGACAAACGAUGUGUCGUGAAACUAAUGUGCACUGCCAUCUGGCCUCAGGUCAUUUGCCAUGUUGGCAUCCUAAUCUAAUUGUUUACAGAACACAGAUGAGCACGAGCCAAUGUGCUUUAGAUCAGAAUUAAAAUAGUUUAGAAAUCAAGGCAAAUAAAAGCUAUAUGAUCUGCACAAUAAAGUAAUUGUCUAAACCACGUUUUAUAUAAUCUUUAAUGGGCAGUUUACAAACGUAACUUGAUUUCUUUUACAUUGUUGUAUGAGAUACUCAUAUUCUGACAUGCUCAUGUAGCUGCUACACUGUCAGUGGAUUAUUUCAUUAAGCAGGAUUGUUCAGUUAGCCCGGUUUAUGCAAAAAAAAAUGGCCAUUAGUGCUCCAGUUUAUUGUGUAAUCCUUUCUGAAACACCUUGUUAAAGUCAUCAUCAGUGGUGUAACUAAACAUAGCCUGGAUGCAGUAUUCUUGCCUUUUGUCACUGUGAUUCAGCACUCAUUUUUAGAAUGUACUCAAAGCCUCUGUUUGUUACUGUUUUUUGUUUUUUUUUAAACAUAACUUGACAAUUGUGCUUGGUAUUUAGCAGGCAUGUAGGUUUGAAAAGAAUGGGGUUUUUUUUGUUUUGUUUUUUGUAGCCAGUAGUGAAGACUGGUCAUGAAAAGCUGUGCCAUGUGCACAAGUGGAGUCAGUCUAGUGUUUGUAUUAACACAAUGGCAUGUCUUUAUCUGUUUACUACCCCAAAUAUCCUCAUUUGUAUUUCAAUUUAUACCAAAUUAGGUGUGGGCUAAACUUGAAUUAGUUUAAAGCUGUCUUUACCAAAUAAUUCCUUGAGGAAAUGAUAAAGGAUAAUAUAAUCCCACAGAAACUCAUGGAAAUGAGGCAGAAAUGCCAGCACCGUUUAUGAAUUCUGACUCUAUGGCUCUGACACUUUUGAUUUGCAAGCUGUCUAUGGGGUUGUUUUAAAUCUGCACAGUUAUUAUUUUACAUUUUUAAUUUAGACAUGCCCACAAUAUUCUCAACAAAUGUAUUUGCUUCUAUAGUUCUGAAAUAUAAAUAAACUACUAAACUAAUUUACAUCAUUUUGACAUUAACCAGAACAAUGGUCAGGACUGUGGCAUGUUCUUGAAUGUUCAAGAAUGUAGUCAUUAUAUCUUAGUCACCUUUAGCCACAUGAAUAAUCCUUCUUCAAAUCCUUCUGUUUGACUAACCUGUGUUGUCUUGCUGGAUUCUAAUACACACAUUUAAUUUUGACAAGAUGCCCAGUGAACCUUUCUCCAAAAAACAGAAUAGUGUUUCUCUUAUUCAUGUCUGAAUUUGUAUCUGCUAUCUAAUCAAAUAAUGGUGUCAUAUUUAUUUAUAUAAUAGUUUGAAUGAAUUGCUCAAUCUUUUUUUUGUAUGGGUAUAUGCGUACUGUGCAUAAAAUGUGAACAAUAUGUAUGACAUCGUUUCAGCAGAUGCAUAUUAUUACCUGAGAAUAAAUACAGUUCUAUACAUGUUUGAA